AUGCUAUCCCUCCCACUAACACUUUUGCCCCUCCUCUCUCUCCCUCUCCUCUCCCUGGCAUCCCCCCUUCCGUUCUAUCAACCCCAUACAUCUCCCGCAGCCGCCCUCUUUCGGCGUCAAAACGCUUCCCUCCCUGCUGUAGGCACAGAUGCGUGGACAGCCCUCUACCCCUCUGGCUCUGGGACACCCUCCACCAUCCCCCAGGCGUGGCUAGACGCACUGGCCGCGGCAGAAAACAGUGGCCUAAUCCCAAACAUCAGCCAGUCUACACUUAAUAGUCAAUCGGGGAUGACUACGUAUCCGGAUGGCCAGGAUCCGACAGGGACGGAAGUCUGUUCCUUUACAUACCAAUGCAAUGUGACAACCGACAUCGUCAACCCUCCGGAAGGUGUAAUUGCCCUUACCUUCGACGAUGGUCCCAUCCCCGGACCCUCUGACACGCUGUACUCCUUCCUGUACAAUAACUCCCAGCAUGCGACACACUUCAUGAUCGGUGUAAACAUCCUCGGAGCGCCGACCCAGUUCCUCACCGCUUUUGGGAACAACAAGGACCAUAUCGGCGUCCACACGUGGAGUCAUCCGUACCUUACCACACUUUCGAACGACCAGGUCGUCUCUGAGCUCGGCUGGACAGUGCAGAUCAUCCACGACUCAACAGGCGGCCUCAUCCCGUCCUGCUACCGUCCUCCUUACGGGGACACAGACAACCGUGUUCGCGCGAUCGCAGAGCACGUGUUUGGGCUGAAGACCGUCACGUGGAACCAGGAUAGCGAAGACUGGAUGAUCGGCGAUGGCACGACCGAGGAGGCCGUGGAAGGAAGCUUGACGAAUUGGGUCGUGGAUGGUGGAGGAGUGCAGGGGCAAGGCUUGUUGAUACUCGAGCACGAGCUUAUGGACACGACGGUGCAAGCGUUUAUGGAUAUCUAUCCAAGCAUGAAGGCGAACUGGACGGUGGUAUGUCGCUCUUCUUUGUUCUAA